GUGCUCAGCCAGCUGGAGAAGUCCGGUCAAAGGCCUCGGUGUGUGCCGCUGCUGCUCCUGUUUUCUCUUUUUCUUCUAUUUUCUUUACCUCACCUGUUCCAAUGGACUCCAUGAGGAAAGGGGAAGAGUCUGAUGAGGUGGAGAUUGAUUUGGGGGACUCCAGUGACCCAGAAGAAUCUGAGAAUGAGGAGGAACCGCAGACGCUGUGGAAAGCCCAGCCCUCAAUGGACGAGGAGGAAAACAUUCAUACGUCCACACUGGUGGAAAUCAGUGACACCAAACCUCUGAUUACAGCCCGAGACCCCAGAGGUAUUAACGACUGCCUCAAGGUGAUGUUUGAGGAUGUGAUAGCUGAGCCGGUGUCAGCUCGCAGUGGAGACAGAGUGUGGAUCUGGAGCCACGCCCUGUUUGAGGUGUGCCGGGUUUGGGUUUACAGGAUAGUCUCAGUCCUGUUUGCAGUUCCCAUGUCUGUUCUCUCGGGACUCCUCUUCGCCAUCCUCAGCUGCUUCCACAUUUGGAUGGUCAGUCCCUGUAUCCAGUGUGUCCUUAUCGCUACUCGCUGGCUGCAGAGCUUCUGGAGCGUCGUGCUGCAAACCUUUGUGRCUCCUCUGUUCACGAGUGCUGGGAAAUGUUACAGAGGCUUCAGCAUUCACUUGGCCAAAGAAUGACAUGUUUACACAGGAAUCAACUGCAUUUCCUCAGGACGUGGACACAAACACGCUUCUGCUCACUGAGCAAAGCCAAGAUUUGAUUUUUGAUUCUUUAGUAUUUAAAUCAAAACAAAAUCUUUUUUUUUCAUGAGUGAAGCCACUUUCAUUAACAUUUAACGGAGAAAGCUGCUUGUCCUCUUGAAUGUUUAUAUAAUUUACUCUGAUGCAAUAUUUAACAUUACACAGUCUGAAAUCUCUUUGAUGUUUUUAUUAAAAAUACAGUCCUUUUUUAACUUGGACUUGGAUCUUAUUGUAAUGUCAGCACUCAAGCCAUUUCAUCAGUAUAAUUUAGUAUUACUCAUCGAAUCUUUCAAAAAUACUUGGUUUUACUUUGUAUUCUUGUACUAUCAAUAAUGCUUAAACAUGAAAUUACCCAACCCAAAAAUGGUUUGAUUAGCAAAAGAUUCUUAAUUUGUGAAGAUGUCCUGUGCAGCACAUGCAAURCUACUUUCGUUUUAAUGUCAGAGUUUUAAAUUGCAGUAAAUACUUCAGUACUGUGAAGAAGGAAAACAUCAACAAAUUGUGAUAAUGAUACAAAAAUUUGGUUGAGUGGAUUAAUAAUUAAUAUUAUCGUUAAAAAUAAAAUAUUUCAAUUACAUGCAAUAUAUUAUUCAGUAGUAAAAUUAUUUAUUUAAAGUAAAUAAAAAAAUCUUCUGAAUUACUUUAA